AUGGAGAUCAAAGACAUCGACGCUACCGCUAUGGCUCAUGGGCAUCUCCAAGAAGAACUAUGGAGAACUGCCCAGGGUCCAUGGAAAUCCGGGGUUCUGCCCACGGCUGAAAACCUCGCUCGAGCUCGAGCUUCCUUACCGGAUCGCCUGUCUCAGGACGGAGUAGGCUUUGAGGCAUCCAAGAACCAUAUUCUAGACGACAUUGUUCCUGCUUUCAAUGGCAGCAGCAUAAGCCCAAACUACUACGGUUUCGUCACUGGAGGAGUCACACCUGCCGCCCUCUUCGCCGAUAAUGUUGUCUCUGCAUAUGAUCAGAACGUGCAAGUCCACCUCCCAGAGCAUUCCAUUGCAACGGAUGUGGAAUCCAACGCUCUAGGUCUUGUGGUUGAUCUUCUGGAUUUGGACCGGGGAGCCUGGCACCAUGGAACCUUCACCACGGGUGCAACCGCGAGCAACAUCCUAGGGCUGGCCUGUGGAAGGGAGUAUAUCCUGCGUGUCGCGGGUAGGAAGAAGGGCGUUGCUUUCAACAGCGUCGGAGAGCUUGGCCUGUUUGAAGCCAUGCAAGCUGCCGGUCUUUCAGGAGUGCAGGUUCUAUCAACUUUGCCACAUUCGUCGGUCGCCAAAGCUGCGGGAAUAUUGGGCAUUGGCCGUUCGAACGUGAAGAAUGUCUGCCUGCAUGAUAACCCCCUGAAGUUCGACAUGGGAAAACUCGAGGAUGAGCUGCAGAAAUCAGACAGGGCGACAAUUAUCGCUGUCUCCUGUGGCGAAGUCAAUACCGGACAAUUUUCGACAGGUGGCAUGCAGCAAAUGCAGGCUCUGCGCAAGCUUUGCGACAAGUACGGCGCUUGGCUUCAUGUUGAUGGCGCCUUUGGAGUAUUUGCCCGGGUUCUUGGAAACAAUGAAGAGUUUUCCUCCAUCAGGAAAGGUUCCGAUGGCAUGGAGUUGGCCGAUUCUAUUACAGGCGAUGGUCACAAGCUGCUAAACGUGCCCUACGACUGUGGUUUCUUCCUCUGUCGGCAUCCAGAUGAAGCAAAUAAUGUGUUUCAAAACGCCAAUGCGGCGUAUCUAACGGGGGGCAGUGGCGCGCAGCCUUCAAUUCCUUCCCCGCUGAACAUUGGAAUUGAGAAUUCUAGGCGACCGGGUAUCGCUGCGCUCUAG